GCAAUGUCUGCAAAAUCACAUUAUAUUCUCGAGUGGCAUGUUUGAAGUGUGGGAUUGGAUGCAUUACUGCUAACCUGUCACAAGGAAACGAAUUGGCAGAUGUAAAAUGGCAUGAUGCUAAUCAUGGUUGCCGGACUUGCAAUGUGUCGAAUAAUAAAUAUACUAAUCCAAAUUAUAAUUACAUACAAAAUGCUCACUUUCACCAACAGACAGAAGAAUGGAUCGCAGAGAUUAAAAGCCAACGUUCAAAGGCAGAUAUGGAACAACUAGCAGUUGAGUAUGGAUUGGCAAAGCCUGGACCUUUAAGGAUACUUAAGUGGGACCAGCAUGUCCAAACUCCACAAGAUAUAUAUCAUUUCAUGGCCGGAAAAACUCAUACCCUUUUAGAGGCAACGUUUAAUGCGUUUAAUCUAAAUGGUGAAAAUGCUUUUUUAAAACAUUGGAGAGAUAUAGAAAAACCAGCCAAUUGGUGUCGAAUGCCCAAUUCACUAUGA